AUGGGACUUGAAUUAUUGCUUUUGAAAACACUCCUUUUAACUCUACCGGUCCUUUCCUAUGCUGAUGGAAACUCGACUCGAGAACUACUAAUACCGAAAGAGGAAUGUGAGAAAAUCUCAAGCGUGGAGGUCCGCUAUAAUGAGUUCUACGAGCUCUAUCUUGGCCAUAGUAAUGGAGAAGAUGACAUUCAUGAACAUGGAAUCAUAUACCAGAGCUUAAUUAGAGCGGUAAAUGCUUGCUGUCCUGGAAUGGCCCUUAAUUUUACCCUUGUGAAUAGAUCUGCUGAAUCCUUAGUUCAAGAAGACAUAUUGCAUCAUCAUGACGUACAAAACAGUUCUCAUUUGAUUUUCUAUUUUCCGGAGUUCACACCACAAGGGAAUUUAGGUACGAGAAAAAUAUGA